CUUUGUGAUUUAAUUUGAACAUACUACUCCCAAAUAAUAUCACUGAGCAGACCUUAUCAGGAGCUUCAAAGCUGAAUGUCAGUUUUGUGCAUCAGAGGGAUUUAUUUCAAAAACUUGGAACUUUUGAAAGGUUGGUACCUUUGAUGUAAUGACAGAUAUCAACUAGACGUGGUUUUGACGUAGAAACGGAAAUCUGCAGCACAACUUGCCUUUAUGUGACUCAACCAAAGAGCUGCUGCAUUGAAUGCAGAUGAAGCUGGUUCUCACUGCUGCUAAAAUGAAUCUUAAUCAGGAUUAUUUACACUUGAUGUGGGCAUUACAUUGCAUCCAAACAUUAACUCAAGUAACUGAAGUAGUCACAGAGAACAUCAAAGUCUUUCAGACCCCUCCUGAAAUAAAGGCUUUUGAAGGAGACACAAUAAAUAUGCAGUGCUCUUGUGAACAGGACAAAACAAUUGAAAGUAUCAGGGUAGAUUGGACCAAAGACUCAAUGCCAUUAAUUGGGGUAACUACAAUAGCUUCAGCUCGUGUCAACAGAAGUUAUUCUUCAAUUAAUGAAACAACUGCAAAGCUUACUAUUGAAAAUAUCAUUCGGAAUGAUUCAGGAAUGUACUUAUGUGAAAUGUCUGUUGAAAUACCAGCACCAGUUCGAAAAGGCCAAGGGAAUGGAACAAAAUUAACUGUGCAAGAGUAUCACAACUACAGGCAUGAACUUGCUGCAUUGGCACUGUUGGUGAUACUGGGUCUUGCAAUUUUAUGUUACAAGCAACAGCGGAGAAGGAAAAGAAAUGCAGGUCUGUCAGUUGGUGAUGUGGCAGAAGUAAUCAAUGAAGAAAAUCCAGAGAAUGAAGGACAUGAGGAAAGCUCAUCUUCAAGAGGCUCAUCUCAUUGGCUGACUUCAUCACUUUAUGAAUCUUUUGAUUACUUCACGAUCAAACAAGAAGAAAAUGAAGAAACAUGUUGUAAUGCAUCGGACAGUUGAUUACAAAGAAGAAAAACAUUUUCAAGACUGAACUUGUGUUUCGGCUUUUCACAAUUUCAGAUUAAGUCUAAAUUACAAACCUCCUGAAAGGUUUGCCUUGUCAUGUGCAUUCUUGGAGAAGAAUCUGAUAUCUGGUAAUAAGUGCUACAAUUCGCUUGACCAUGAAGCCGAAGGACAGAAGUGUUAAUAUACCAUUCUCCUUCUUAUUGCUUUCAAAUAUUUUAUGGAACCAACACCAAAUGAUGCAGGACUAUGUUCUCUGAAGGAGUUUAGGAAUGGCAUGGGACUAGGCUUUUAGCUGGAAGAAUUUUGUAAUGUGGGGGAACCUGUAAAGGAGAAAAUCGAGAGUAAAUAAAACUGUGUAGGAUACCCUCACAAUAGAGGGUUUAUGGGUUGUGAGAGUUUUCCACCAUUUCAUUUUGUUUGCUAUAGUUUGCAUUUUAUUCAAAUAAGAUGAUAGAAUAGCUUCAGUAGUAGUGUGGAUUUGAACAGCUUUAUAAAAAGGUUGGAUGUUCUCCAUCUGAAUUUUUUUGCUGUGUUGUGUUUUGAGAAAAUGGCACCCAGACGGAGACAGGGGGACUUUAUUAUGGGUUAGCGAGGAAAUCAGCAGCAAUAACUUGUACUUCUAUUCCGCCUAAGUAUCUUUACGUAAAAAAAAUCAAUGCAUUUCACAAGAGCAACUAAAGUAACUUAACAGAACAGAAUGAGGGCAAGUGGCCAAUACUGUAAUCAACCCUACAGCAAAAUAUGAAUGAUGAAGUUUCAGCAGUAGAUUAGCCAUGACAGGAAUACAGAUAAGCAGCAUUAAAGAGGUGGAAACUGGGUGUCUUAGAAAUGGUGCAUGUACAGCAUGUGGUCCAAAGUAAUCCUGGGAUUGUGAAUUGUUUGGUUCAUUUUUUAAAAAUCAGAAAGAGGAAUGGAAUUGAAGGUGGUGAAUGCAUGGAACUGGGAGCAACAGUUUUUACUUUCUCAAUAUUCUGCUCAUCCUAUACUAUAUGUUGGACAAGUAGACUGACAGUUAAAAGGCAGUGCACAGAGUCAGAGGUGAUGUGAGAAUAAGCUGGGUAUUGUCCAUUAACGUAAAAACAAAUGGUAUGUUGUUGGAUAAUAGUGAGAAUGGAUACCAUGUGGCUAAAAAUAAGAGAGGUUGGCAGAUAGAUCCUUAGUGGGCAUCAGGUACAAGGAUUCAGCUAUGUGAUGAGAAGACAUUGGAAGAUGGAACCAGGUGAAUGUUUCUCUAACCAGCUGGUAGGGAACAUUGGAGGUGGAUGGUGUGGAGAACUUCUUCAUAGAUUACAAAGAACUGGAGAGGGAUGAUGAAUAUUGGAUUACUUUUAUUGCAGUUACAUGCACAUUGUUACUUUGAUCACAGGAUUUGAAAAGUUUGCAGGACCAAGAUCUCAAUAGGAUGGAUCUAAACUGGAAUUUCUAAAAGGGAUGAUAGGAAUAUAGGAUGCUCUGAAUUAGUGGAGGUUAGAAAUGGAUCAUUAAUGUUUAAUGAUGGAGAAGCUAAGGGUUUCCUUUGUGAGGAAAGGAUAAAGAUGGGAAAUUUAAGGAAAAAGAUAAAAUAAGUCAUGGAUAUAUGUAAUUUUCAAGUUGCAGACAUUAAUUUAAAAGUAAAU